AUGAUUCAAAAGCUUCCCGCCAUCUUCACCUCAGUACUCCUGCUGCUGCUGCUGAUCACACUAGCACUGAAGUCCACUGAAGCUCGACCUCAGCACAAUGACAAUGGCUACGACGGCUACGACGACUACGGCCUGGAGGGCCUGGGCGGCCUGGGCGGCAUGUUCGGCGGCAUGGGCGCCCUCGGCGGACUGAUGGGCGGCGGCGCCAAGGGCGGGCUCGACCUGAAGGCGGGCUACGCCAUGAAGGAUGGCCUGGGUUUUGGCGGCCUGGGCGAGAUGAAGGGCGGCAUCGACCUGAAGGCGGGCGCGGCCGCCGGAGGAAAG